AGCGAGCGUGGUGGCUCGGAUCGGGGCCGAUGCGAAGCGGCCAGGCUAGGGGGUCGCGAGCGGGGCUCUGAGUUUCGAACUCGUGGCCCGGCUCGGGGACGGCUGGAAGGAAGGAUGCGGAGUCCGAGGGUGGCGUGGCUGCUGGGGGGCGCCGUCCUGCUGGCGGCCGCUGCCUCCGGCGGCGUCACCGGGGAAGGUGCCAACCAAACAUCUAGAGGAAGAAGUCUCAUUGGAAGGAACAAGGGCCACUCUUCAGUCACUGUGAAAGGAGUGAAAGGGGAACCAGGCUUCACUGUGGAUGAAUUUUCUACAGAAGUGCUCACCGGGAAGCUGACUACUGUCUUUCUUCCUGUCGUCUAUACCAUUGUCUUUGUGGUUGGCUUGCCCAGCAACGGCAUGGCCUUGUGGGUUUUUCUUUUCCGAACGAAGAAGAAGCACCCUGCGGUGAUUUACAUGGCCAGUCUGGCCCUGGCAGACCUCCUGUCUGUGAUCUGGUUCCCCCUGAAGAUUGCCUACCACAUCCAUGGCAACAACUGGGUCUAUGGAGACACCCUCUGUAAAGUGCUCAUUGCCUUUUUCUAUGGCAACAUGUACUGUUCUAUUCUCUUCAUAACCUGCCUCAGUGUGCAGAGGUAUUGGGUCAUCGUGAACCCCAUGGGUCACUCUAGGAAGAGGGCUGCGAUCGCCAUUGGUGUCUCCAUGGGAAUAUGGCUGCUGAUUCUGCUGGUCACCAUCCCCUUGUACAUCAUGAAACAGACCGUCUACAUCCCAGACCUCAACAUCACCACCUGCCACGAUGUGCUGCCUGAGGAGGUGUUGGUGGGGGACAUGUUCAAUUAUUUCCUCUCUCUGGCCAUUGGAGUCUUCAUGUUCCCAGCCUUCCUCACAGCUUCGGCCUAUGUGCUUAUGAUCAGAACACUCCGAUCUUCUGCCAUGGAUGAAAACUCAGAAAAGAAGAGAAAGAGGGCCAUCCGGCUCAUUAUCAUUGUCCUGGCCAUGUACUUGAUCUGUUUCACUCCAAGUAAUCUUCUGCUCGUGGUACAUUACUUCCUGAUUAAAAGCCGAGGCCAGAGCCACGUCUAUGCUCUCUACAUCUCAGCCCUCUGCCUGUCCACACUCAACAGCUGCAUUGACCCCUUUGUCUAUUACUUUAUUUCAAAAGAUUUCAGGGAUCACGCAAAGAACGCGCUGCUUUGUCGAAGUGUCCGCACUGUGAAGAGGAUGCAAAUAUCCCUCACCUCAAAGAAAUUCUCCCGGAAAUCCAGCUCUUACUCUUCAAGUUCCACCAGUGUUAAGACCUCCUACUGAGUUCUGUCCAUGGAUGGAAGUGGUACGGUCGGAUGUGAAGUGUGCUUCAUGGGGGGAGAUGGUGGCUGUGCCCCAACCAAGCCAGUCUGCACAGAUCAUGGGUAUACAGGAUUGCUCAAAUCUUCCCUGAAAAGUCCCUACGUGAACAGAGCUGUCAGUGUCAGAAAUCCCACUACUCAGAUGUCAGAACUGAUCUGUCAGUAGCAGACUUUUCAGAAGCCCGGUGACUUGCCAAAAACCACAACGGACUUGAAGACUGAGUUCAUAACAGAAACUUUAUUCUCUACAUCUGAAGUCCACUCUGGCCCUGCUAGGGCUUGAGGGCCUCCAGAGAGCAUCUGACUGACUUUACAGUGGAGGAAGAUGAGGAUGCUGACUCUCAUGAAUGAACUGCCUGGAGUCAGAUUUCCAGCCAGUCACAGCGAAUGAACUUGGGUUGGAUGGAGUCACUUGUUCAGUGCUUUGUAUACUAGUAUCAUCUUAGUAAAAGAGUGGGUCCUGCCAGGCACAAGUGGCUCACACCUGUAAUCCUAGCUACUCAGGAGACGGAAGUCUAAAGAUUGCAGUUCGAAGG